GUUCUUGCUUCUGAGUACCCCUGCUGCUGUUCGGUCAUUUACAACGGAGCGUUUCGGACGGCAGACUGCGUGGAAAAUUGCUUUUUAUUUGCGAAAUUUCGCUUCGAAAAUAGUUGGACCCUGACGGCGGGAAUAGGGAGGCGGCCCUAGCCAGCAGCAGCACCUCGGCACCGUGCUGGCUAUCGCGUGGCCUGUGGGAACCGAUAAGCGCAUAGCAUCUACGAAAACCGCACGGUGCAGCGCUCCCGACGAAACGUAAGAUACUCUUCCACCAACCUACAAUCAGCUAACGCCUGUCACUGAGAAGGCGCCAUUCGGCGAAAAAGAAGGCGACGACGAUGCCUCUGCUCAGGAGGCAGGUGUUCCAAAAAGCGGCCGGAACGGAGCGGCUGCGGGACAGCGACGAGGUGUUCUUUUGCGAACCCACCGGAGAAAUCUUCAGCAGCUAUGAAGAUUACUUUCAUCGCGUAAUGCUCAUCUCGUCCAUCGUGUGGAGCUGUGCUCUGACGGGGCGCCCCAAUCUAACCUACGCAGAGGCGCUUGAGUCGGAAAAGGCAGCCCGGAAGCUGCUGAAAACCUUUCCCGACGCGCUCAAGGGACCCUUUCUGCUGGUGGCUUCGCACACAAAGCGCACAUCAAUCAACGAAAUGCACGAGGACGUGUACAGCUACAUCAAAGAUCAACUGUUCAAAGGCGAGGUGGUCGAUGCGCUCGACCCGUCCGGCAAAACAUAUCGCAGGGCCAAAAUUGUGGCGGUAACACUGCACAGCAACUCGCCGUCCAAACAGAAUGGCGACCUAACCGUUGGAAACCCAUCUGCGGCGACCGGGGCGCCGAUCAUGGUCUACACGAUGGCGUCGAAUGAUGGAAAGGGUCCGGAAACGUGGAUCACGCUACCGGCGGCAGUGAAGCGCGAUCGUAGUUCGAUCACGCGCGACAAAUGCAAGCUAUUCCUCAAGCAACACGUCGAAGCGGGCCCGGGCGGGAUAUUACGUAUCAAGGAGAGCUCGCUGCGGCAGUACGUGGAAGCGCAGGGCUGGACCAACGAUCAAGUGUUCUUCGGUAACGUACCUGAUUUUGAGCUUUCGAAAAAGCGCAAGGAUAAGGAGGUACGAAACGCUAACAAAGAACUGAGUGGGGCAGAUGUGAUGCUGGUAGAGAGCACCGGCGAUCGAGAGGUGACAAGUAAGGGUGUCAGCAGCAGCAAACAGCAACAAGCGUCCAAGGGAGUUAAACGGAAAAAGGUCACCAAGAAUGUGGCAAACAGUAAGGGUGCUGGUAGCAGAAAAGACAAACAAAGUGGACCGAAGCAGGGAAGCGGCAAGGGGCAACAGCAGAUGAACAUUACCAAGUACCUCGACGCUCAGUCGCUGGAGGCAGCGGCCGAGGCAAAGGCGAAGAGUAUGACAGAGGAGCUGGAGCGGCUGAAGGCCCGGGCGGCGGCAGAUGCAGCCGCCAAAAAGCGGCUGGAGGAAGAGAAGGCGCUACUAACGCAGCAAACGACACUCGCGAUCAAACGGUACAACCUUGUCCUAGACGAUCUCGAACUGACCGACCAGCGAGUGCUACCUGUGCCGCGCCCGGUCAGUACUCUCAUCGAGCCACACCACUUCAGCGACUUCGUGUUCAUACUGGAGUUCAUGAACUCGUUUGCCGAUCUGCUGUCGAUACGCAACAAAUUCCCGAACGGGAUGACGAUGGAGUUGCUCGAGCGGGCGCUGUUACAGCGCGAGGUGAAUGGUCCGCUCGGUGACAUCCUGCAGGUACUGCUCAGCACCAUCUUCGCGCAGCAGGCAGAGGAAGAAAACGAGGUGGACGUGCGGUACGAUCGUCCAGAGAACAUCGCCCAGAAGCGGCUUACGGUGCCGGAGCAAGCUCGGGCUCGCGAUACCGCGGUUUGGAUCGAGAAGCAUUUCAGCACGCCACUAAACGAGCUGCCAAUGGAUUCGACCACGAUAUCGGAGCUGCUGCGGCUGCACUUUCUGUCGUCGGGCGCGCUGGUGGAAGAAAAAGCGGCCAAGCACCGGUACUGCAACCGAGGCGGCUACAGCAGCGCCGACGAUCCUGGCUUGCGACUGGUGCAGGACUUUCCGCAUAUCUUCCGGGCGCUCCGGUCAUAUCCAGUCUAUCAGCUGCCUGUUGGGGAUGUGAUUCAGCUGCUGUGCUGCCUAAUACACCAGCUGCUCACGUACAAUGCGGUGCGCGAGCUGGUAGAGGAGCGGAUCGAGCACGCACGUAUCACGCGCAUCAACUUCCAAUCGGCUCGUGUCGCCCAGCGACGCCUCACACUCAAAACGGGCUCAAUGAAGUAUCUGGCACGAGAGGAGUUCAAGAAGGAGUUGGCCGCGUUUCAGGGCAGCGAACAGGAGAGGGAAGAGUUCCGCAAGCAGCUCCAGGAGAAGCUGGAGGAACAAGUCGCGCGUAUCGAUGCAGAGGCGCAGCAGAAACUGAAGCUUUUGCACCAGCAGUCCGAGAAGCUGAAGGAGGACUUCUUCGACUACCAGAUUUAUCUCGGCACGGACCGGAGUUUCCGGAACUACUGGCUGUUCGAGUCGCUGCCCGGGCUAUUUGUCCAGCACGAUCGUACGCUCGCUGGUCGCUGUCUCGACCGGCUGACACCCAACAUUCCGGCACUGGCGAACUGUGCCACCGAACAGCGUCGAAAGUUUAUCACCAAGUGCAUCAUGCAGAACGGGCAGCAGCAACAGCACCAACAGAUUAGCAGUGAGCCAGGUGAAGAGAUCUACGAAGAGCUGCUGAUUAGGGGCAGUGCGGCACUGGAAGAGAUUAGCCGGCGUGGGGCCACCGCUGCAUCAAAUACAGCCAUCGUGCCGACGGCAGCUGCGGGAACAGCAGCUGACGAAGCAAUGGCAAAUGACGUUGCGAGCGAGGCGACGCCGGUCAUUGUCAUUGACCUCGACAGUCCAGACGAGGAAGCGACGCCAGCGAUCAAGCCUACCCUUCCGGUUACGGCUUCCAGCAGCGAUCCACCGACGAACGCGCAGCUAAUGAUGUGCACGACGGACACCCGAACGUGCCCGGUACACGGUCAGCCAGGUGAUGGGCACGCCGGACCGAGCUGGGGCUAUUUUGCGACCGCCGACGAAUUAGACGCCCUGAUCCGGAGCCUGAACGUGCGCGGCUUGCGCGAGAAGCAAUUGCGCGAAACGCUUGAUUGCGAGCGCGAUCUUAUCCUGUCGCACAUUGUCAACUGUCCGCUCGAGAAGUUGUCGAUCGAGCGGCAAAACCGACUGGCGCUGCUCGCCGAACUGGUGACGCGCCACCAGAAGCGGUACGAUGCACCCAACUUCAACUAUCCGCCCGGCACCGAACCGAACGAGAUCAUGGAGGCCGUAUUUCGGGAUAAUCUGCUCGAGCUAGAGGCGAAGAUCACAGUCGGCUACCUGGGUGUGAUGAAGGUGCGCGACCGGGAGGCCUGGCGUAAGGCUAUCCAGUCGAACGGAUACGACCCACAGGCCGACGAACCGCUACAGUGGGGCCAGAAGCGACUGUUGGCGGUCACGAAUAAUGCUGUUGCCAAGGCUAGCGGUGGUGGUGGCGGCGGCGACGAGAGCCAGGUGAAGGAGGAACCGAUGGCAGAUGUGGUUGGGGGUGCAUCGUCACCUUCGCACAAGAACGGUGACGAGGGAGGACAGCAGGGGCGCGGCUCGGACGACGAGUCGGACGAUGAGAUGGAGCGCCUUCUGUCGAAUGCCCGUGAUCCUGGCUACAAUUUACCGGAAGGGCCACCGCCCACCUGGAGUAUGGCACCGGUAUCUACAUUGGACGAUAGCUGUACCUUCCCGCUACACGAAUCCGAGACGCUGCAUCGCAGCGUGCACACCCUGGCCCGGGCGCUGCUGCAGAUCGAACAGUGCAUCGAGCAAAAGUUCUUGCGCCACCCGUUCGGUCCGAAGAAAGACCACAAGGAUCGGACGGUGAUGCUGCAGAAACAAACCCAGGGUCUGAAAAAUCUGGUCAAGUGGGAAGUGUCGCUGAUGCGAUCGACAUCGUUCGCGCAACUCUUUCUGCACUACAACGUGCUGUACGAUGCGAUCUAUUGGUCGCGGUCAGCCGAGCGUAUCAGCUGCAUGAUCUGCCGUCGCAAGGUCGACCCAGACCUGACGCUGCUGUGUGACGAGUGCAACCGGGCCUGCCACAUCUACUGCCUGAAGCCAAAGCUCAAAGAGGUGCCGGCCGGUGACUGGUUCUGCAUGAAGUGUCGGCCGGAGAACUUUAAGGCAAAGCAGGGCCCGGCGAAGAAGAAGAAGCCAAUAUUCCAGUGGGAAGAUCGGAUGGACGAGGAGAAGGAAGAUGAAUCGUUGGCUGAGGAGGAGGACGAGGAGGGCUCGCUCGGUGGCGGAACGGCCGAUCAGUACAUGGAUAGCGACGAGGAAUAUGCUGUAGGGAAGGUAGCGAAGCAACCAGGUGGCACCAAGGCAGCAACUACCACGGCAGCAGGAGCGAAACUAGCACCGACCAGCAAGGCAACGACUACGACAAAGGUCACUACAACACGGAACAGCCGAUCGGCGGCGGCAGCGGCAGCAGCAGCUGCUGCGGCGAACGGCGGAACAGCGACAACGCUCGGCAAACAACAUCACUACAAUCACCAGCAGCACGCGAAUGACGACGGAUUCGAUGAGGAUUACGAAGAGCAGGAAGAGGAAGAAGAGGGCGACCGGUCGGCUAAUGGCGAAGAGCGUGAGUCAACCGUCGAACGGGCUACGACGCCCAACGAGGAGCGACGUGAAUCGAGACGUCGUGUUGCUACCGUGGUCACCAGUGGCACCAAGCGGAAAACUUUGCAAAAGGAAGUGGACAGUGGGAGGGACGUUUCGAGCUCAAAGCGGCCUCGCCGGUCCGCCACCAAGCGUUCCACCUCCCUUACGAACACCAUCAAAAUCUCACCGAAAAUGGUCAAGACUACGGCAACGAGCGGCGGGGGGAGCAAGCGCCACCGAGAAGACGAUGACGACGACGACGAAGAGGACGAUGACGAUUACGAGCUAGGGGACAGCGAGAAUGAACCGCUGGUGACGCGUGUCAGCACACGCAACAGCAACAACAGGGCUCGACCUCGUCGAUCUUCGCUCCUGAACGGCACUGAUCGGAACGGCAGUGUCACCGACGAGCUGGAGGGUGGUGCGGGCGGUGGGAGCGGUUCGCGGCGUUCGCGCCGUACCGCCGAUGAUCUGCCACUGAACUCGGUCGCUCUCUACACGCUCAUCGACGAUAUACUCAAGCAUCCCAAUUCGUGGCCCUUCAACCGGCCCGUUUCUGCCAAGGAGGUGCCGGACUACUAUUCCGUCAUCAAGACGCCGAUGGACUUUGCCCGCAUCAAGUCCAAACUCAAUAUGGGCGACUACAAAAUCAACGAGCAGAUGCUGAGCGACGUACAGCUCGUGUUUCGCAACUGUGAUCUAUAUAACACCGACGAGACAGACGUGUAUCGAAUCGGAAGAGAUCUCGAGAGGUACGUGGUGAAACGAUGCAAGGAGUUGGCCCUUCCGUUCCAGCCCAGCGAUAUGCAGAAGAGUACUGCUUAUGCUGCUUCCUCUCCUGCUAACGGGACCCUUUCGUCCGCGCGCAACCUAAAUGGAUCAGCUGUCCAGUCACCCAGCCAUCGGCACAGUAUCGGCGGUGGUGAAAUCCGGCGUUAAAAAGAUAGCCAUCGGUAUAGCAGAGAGAGAGAGGAUAUAACGUGGUGUGCAACUACGCCAGCAUUCUCUCGGCGAGUGUAGCUUUUGGUUUUGAAGGAAUGGUUUUUUUGUACUCUUCUUUCUUCUAUUGUUUAAAGGCAGAUUAUGAUUAUGGUAUUAACCUUAACUGGUAUUGAUUUAUGUAUGUUGCCCAAUGGCUUAGGUCUCUUGUCGCACUACCAUUUUUUCGAGUAGAUGUUCUCCGUCAGCUGAGAACAUGAUUUAGAUGAUUUUGUACAUCAUUUUUGGAGGGAGGGCAUCUCAAAACACGCAACCUGCCUUGUCUCCGGAUUGUAUUCUAAAAUUGUAAUUUGUGCGUUCCACUCGUGUUCUGAGUUCGGAGCGUUCGAUACAACUGCGGUGGUGUAACAGAUCGGCCGGGUCGCCUGGCGGCUUUUCACCGGCGAUGGACCGAAAGCGAGCAAGAGAAAGGCCACGGUGUGCAUUCUUCCCACAUGUGCGCUUCGAAUUUUGCGUGUAUAGCUAACUAGAAAUUAGUGAUUGAUUUUAUUGUUUCUUCUGGAAUAAAAGCAUAAUGUCCCCUUUACUUUGUAAGCAGCAAACACAUGCGGCGUUUUUC